GACGCACAUGGCGCCUGGAGUGUAGGCGGCGCGCCGGCCGGGAAGGGGCGUUCGCCGUAUUUGGCUGUUGGCUGGCGCUGGGUGCGUGUCGUGGGCUGGGGUCGGCCUGUGGAAUGCGCCGUGGUGCGAGGGAAUACGGACGUGACGCCAGUUAGUCUAGCGUCGGGCGAAGCCAGGAACGAUGGAGGCGAACGGCUCCCCGGCCCGAAACACGGCGACAGUCGUGUUGGGCGCCCAAUGGGGCGACGAGGGCAAGGGCAAGAUUGUGGACCUGCUGGCCAGUGAGAUGGACCUCGUCUGUCGCUGCCAGGGCGGCAACAAUGCUGGCCACACGGUUGUCGUGGAUGGUGUGGAGUACGAUUUCCACAUUCUGCCCAGCGGCAUCGUGCAUCCGCACUGUGUUGCUGUUAUCGGCAACGGGGUGGUGAUCCACCUGCCGCAAAUGUUCGAGGAGAUCGCCAAGAACGAGGCGAAGGGACUGACGCACUGGCGGGAUAAUCUCAAGAUCUCGAGUCGCGCUCAUCUGGUGUUCGAUAUGCACCAGGAGGUGGACGGCCUGCACGAGAAGGAGCGCGAAUCGGAGACGAGCUGCGGCAAAAAGUCGCUCGGCACCACCAAGAAGGGCAUCGGCCCCACCUACUCGUCCAAGGCCACCCGCAACGGACUGCGGGUGUGCGACCUGCUCGGCGACUUCAGCUACUUCGUGGAACGGUACCGGUCGCUGGUGGCGCUGCACAAGCGCAUGUUCCCUGCGCUGGAGGUGGACGUGGAGGCCGAGCUGGCGCGGUACGCCGAAUUCGCCGCCCGGCUGCGGCCGCUCGUCGUCGACUCGGUCAGCUAUGUGAGCGGCGCGCUGGCCGAGGGCAAGCGCGUGCUGGUGGAGGGCGCCAACGCGGUCAUGCUCGACAUUGACUUCGGCACGUACCCGUUCGUGACGUCCUCGAACUGCAGCGCCGGCGGCGUCUGCACGGGCCUGGGCCUGCCGCCGCGCAGCAUAGGACACGUGUACGGCGUGGCCAAGGCCUACACGACUCGCGUCGGCGUCGGCCCGUUCCCCACCGAACAGCUCAACGAGAUCGGCGAGCUGCUGCAGGAGCGCGGCGCCGAGUUCGGCGUGACCACCGGCCGAAAGCGGCGCUGCGGCUGGCUCGACUGCGCCCAGCUGCGCCACUCCAACAUGGUCAACGGCUACUCGGCCCUGGCGGUGACCAAGCUGGACAUCUUGGACUCUCUGGCGGAGGUGAAGAUGGGCGCCCACUACCUGCUGGACGGCCGCCGGCUGGAUCACUACCCGGCCAACAGUGCCGAGCUGGCCACCGUCGAGGUGGAGUACAUCACGCUGGCCGGCUGGUGCACGUCCACCGAGCACGUGCGCGCCUUCGCCGACCUGCCCGACAACGCCCAGCUCUACAUCCGCACCCUGGAGCGGCUCGUCGGCGUGCCAGUCAAGUGGAUCGGUGUCGGGAAGUGCCGGGAGUCGAUCAUCGGACUGAUGUGACGCCGGCCGCUACCGCCGCCGCCGCCGCUACCGCCACCGCCACCGCCGCCGCCACCGCCACCGAGUGCAGUCGCGUGCCCUGUCGGGGAUGAGUGCCGCCGCCCGGCCGUGUUCCCCUAGUCCCGUCUAGAGGCGGCCGCGCGCUGCCGCGCCGCCGGCAGUCCUGUGUACCCCACCGUAUUUUUUCAGUACGAAUAAAACUGCCAGCGCGGA